AUGCAACACGAGAAUGUGCUGCGUGCAGUAGCAAAUCGGCUCACUGUUACAGCAGUCGAUGAUUUGCCUCGUAUUGCAGGCUUGCUUGCGGCACAGUUGGCGAAUUGUUCACUGAACUUACAGUUCGCGGAUAGCAAGGCCAAUACUGCUUCAGUUGCGGUGCACAAAUUGAAAACUCGAAUCAAUUCUCUACUCCAAGAAAAGUCCAUUGCUGGUCGUUUUACGGGUGCUGUUCUGGUCAAAGCAUCUAUUGACAAUGGUGGUGAAAACGUCCUUCGUGUUACGGAAAGCUGGGCCAGAGGUCUUCUCAAUUGCAUGAACAAGCCGGAUACUGUCGAAGUCAAGACACUUUACUUAAUCACUCUUACUCGAAUCUUCGUCCUGACUCAGGAUGAUCCGGCCUUGGUUCGAGAGAUUACCACGCCGCUACUUCCUACCUUCAUCAAAACCACUCUCAACCUAAUACGACCAACAAGUAUUCGAACUAGUAAUGGUAGCAAGAAUGUCGCCAGUCCCUUACUGAGUUCGGUACUGACCUGCUGGAUCCGCCUGCUUCCAAAAUACGCCUCAGUGUUUCGACCAUUCCUCAAUCAAUUGAAGCCCAUCUGUGUCAGCGUCAUUGCGGAUAUUGAAGCUCGUGCACCCCAGCGGGAUCUGGCCAUACGACUUCUCUGCUGGCUGCUAUGGUCUAUUCCGAAGACUACAAUCAUCCAAGACUCGAUUUCAAUGGGCCGUGAUCUGAUCAACGGGGCACACACCACCGCCGACAAAGUAUUCCGAGCCGUUGUCGAGGAACACGAGUCCAAUGAUCCCACUUUUGGAAGAGUUAGAGGCAAGCCGAACUUCGCUAAAGACCCAAAACAAGCGGAAUCAGACUCAGCCGGACUUCCUCCUUGGGCUGGAAUUAAUGAAGGCAGUCAUAGGCUCAGGGUGAUAUUACAAUGGCUAGUCUGUUUGACGUCUAUACCCUCGGCGGAAAGUUUGCCUUUGCCAAUUGGAGCAGUUAUCGAUCUAACAGCUCGUCUCAUGGUGAUAACCGUUCCAUCUGGCAAGCCUGGGAAUAGCAGCGACUUGAAGUAUCACAAAGAGGCAAGCAAGGAAGAAAAGGAAGAGUUGUGGGUAAAUUUGCCCGAAGUUCACAGGGCAUGCCUUGGACUUCUUGCAAAAUUGUGCUCAUCCCUUGGACGAGCUCUCGUUCCCUUACAACAGACAAUCGUAAGCCAGAUUCUUGACCUCUUUGCAAAUAUGUCAUGGCAUGAAGGUAUCAGGUCUGAUAUCUAUUCUAUCCUUGGGAAUAUCAUGAUGCAGCUUGAUAUCCAUGCCUUAAAGAGUCACCGGACCGCUUUUUUGAGUAUAUUGGAGCGCUGCUGUGUCGAUGUGAAAACAGGAUAUCUACGGACGACGGCCGACAGUACCGCUACCAUUGCAAAGAACGAUAACAUUCGGUUGGGUUUUAACUCGACCCCCAAUAGCAAUGGUAGGUCCGACACUGGCUCUCUCUGCAAGGAACCAGAGGUAUUUGAAGCUGCUUGGGCCUUGUUGUCUCAGGCAUUAAGGUACUACCCAGCUUCGUCCAUGUCCCGGCAUAUAAGGGCAGAACUGGACAGAAUUGCAGUUUUACUGAACCAUGAGGAUGCCGUGUUGGCAAGUGUUCUGAACCCGGUACAAUCGAAGGACGGCAAAGCUGUUGGUGCAAGCUUGUUGCCCUUCCUGGCUCGGUCUACCCAAGACAACAUGGCAUUGGAGGCCUUGCUCAGACCACGUAUGCCAGUAUUUAGUGAUGGUGGACCCCAUGUUCGAAAGGAGUCGGAAGCUCAGCUUUCGGAUGACGAAGAGCAUGAACACGAUGGCCUGGACAAGACCGAUAUAUUGGUCCAUCUGGAACAGUCAGUCGCAGAACAACAGAACGAAGAUACAGGGGCUCCAGAAGCCAAUGCGGAUGAGACCUAUGCUAAGAUGAUUCCCCGCGUGGAGGACAACCAGGGUAUUCGAGCACAGAAAAGGUCGAUCGAGGUCAUGGAAACUGACGUCGAGAGCAUUGAGGUCCUUUCGUCCGGAUUGGUUGAGUCGAGAGAACCAAAGAAGCCGCGCUCGGAAGCACUUUCUGAAGAUGCAGUCAGGCCGAUGACUCAAGAUAUGAACGCUGAUCCAAGUGAAUUGGAUGCUGACACAGAUAUUGUUGGGGAAUUGAAUCCACAGACUGUGAAUUGGCAGGCUCAAGUGCCAGCAUCUGGUGGUCAUCUGGUGUCGAAUAACACAGCACGCAAACACUUUCCACAAGAUGGGAGUGAUAGUGACGACUCAGAAAUUCCUACCAUUGAUCCUGAAUUUGACACAGACGAGGAUGAAGACAUACUGUGAGACACAAUUUGGGCUUUCCGAUAGUAUUGAGCGCCACACUUAGGCUAGAUUGACA